AUUUUAAGCUAACAGUUAGCAUACAUUUUUCGGGAAGUACAGUAAUGUUUCUGUCAAAAUAGACCCGAAAGGAAAAGUUAUUCAACAACACACGGGAGGAAAGUGCCCGUAUGUCCUGUGACAGGAUGCUACUAAAAAUACUGCUGGGCCUCCUGUGCUGCGUCAGAGCCUUGGCCACAGAGAACGUCACGGAGCAGCAGAAUCCUCUGCCACUGCUGCUGGUGUCAUUCGACGGUUUCCGGGCGGACUACCUGCGGAGGUUCCCCAUGCCCAACCUGAAGCUCCUGUACAGCACAGGGGUCCUGGUGGAGCAGCUCACCAACGUCUUCAUCACCAAGACCUUCCCCAACCACUACAGCCUGGUAACAGGGCUGUACGCUGAGUCUCACGGUAUCCUGGCCAGUAACAUGUACGAUCCCGUCAGCCACAAGCACUUCAACAUCAGCAACGACUUCGACUCCAUGUGGUGGAACGAGGCCCGGCCCCUCUGGAUCUCGGCGCUGGACUCCGACUACAAGACGGCCGCCAUGAUGUGGCCCGGCUCCGACGUGACCAUCGGAAACCGCACGGCGACACACUUCCUUCCCUACAACCCCCAUGUGACGUUCAAGGAACGAGUGGGGAACGUGACAAAGUGGAUGUUAGGAGACGAAAAGGAGAAAGGAGCGAUGUUCACAGCGCUCUACUGGGAGGAACCGGACCGCUCAGGUCACAUAUUCGGCCCUGACAACGACACCGCCAUGAGCAAAGCCCUGAAGGAGGUUGACGACAACAUUGGCCUGCUGGUUUCUGAGCUGAAGAGAACCGGCCUCUGGGGUCACGUCAACAUCCUGGUAACCAGUGACCACGGCAUGACACAGUGCUCAGCCAAGCGCCUCAUACGGCUGGACGCCUGCCUCCCCCCCGUCAACUACACACUGGUGGACCUCUCUCCUGUCACAGCCAUCAUCCCAUUGACAGAUCCAGAGGCCGUCUUCAAACUACUGGAUAAGUGCCACAAAAACAUGAAAGCAUAUAAGAAAUCCGACAUCCCUGAUAGGCUGCACUACAGGAACAAUGACCGCGUCCAGCCAAUCAUAUUGGUUGCUGACGAGGGCUGGACCAUCGUGCAGCGAGGCGACAAGCUACCAAGAUUGGGCGAUCACGGCUACGACAACUCUCUACCCAGCAUGCACCCCUUCAUGGCUGCGAACGGGCCCAGCUUCCGGCAGGGAUAUCGGAUCAGCAGCUUACAGACCGUGGACAUUUACCCGCUGAUGUGCAAACUGCUGUCGGUGCCGCCGCAGCCGAACAACGGCACGCUGACCCAGGCACGCUGCCUGCUGGCUGCUGAGAGCUGCUGGGACGUCCCUCUGGUGAUCGGCCUGGUGGUGGGUGUGCUGCUGCUGCUCACUGUUAUCACUGUUCUCUUCAGGUUCCUGAGCGCCCGCCGCCUGCCAAGCUCCCGUCCCUUCCAGAGGCUGCAGGUGGACGACGACGACGACGACGACGACGACCCCAUGCUGGAGUAACCGGACCGCUGUCAUGUUCCUGCUCUUAGAGGUACUUUACAGAACAUGUUGCACUUUACGCUCUGAGGCUGUGGCCCUGUGUGUGUUGUCCAAUUGCCUGUACACACACACACACACACGCACACACACACACACACACACACACACACACACACACACACACACACACACAUGUAGAAACCUUGAAACUGCUGCAGGAAUUGACGGGUCAUUGACCCUCCAUGAUGUUACGUAACACUUGAACAUGUGACAGAAAGCCAGUUUGUUGUGAUAUGUCUUAUUUUGAGGAAAUAUUGAGGACUUUUUCUGGUAACGGCCAGUGAGAUUAAUCAUUUCAUUUUGCAAAAGUUAAAAAAGGGAUUGAACAGAUUUAUUUACCAUUAUUCUGGGGCUUGUUUUUGUAUUUGUAAUGUUACAUUCUGCCAGCAGAGGGGGCCAGUCGCUCAUGUAAAUGUAAAUGUAAAUUGUGUCUCACUGAGAUCCUGUGGUUCCUGAAGAGGAAAUCUUGAAUGUUUUUUGCUAGUUUGAGUUCUUUUGAUUGUCUCUCUGCGUGCACUUAUACUGUUUGGAGUUUAUUUGUUACACUGAAUCGGAAAGUAAUGGAAAUAAAACUGAAAUUCUACUUUUAUCAAUACCUGCAUGCUUAAAAAGUGAACAUUUACCUCUGAAACGACACAUUUUAACGUCUCAGAUAAAGUAUAUUUGGUAACGAUGCUACAGUAAAAGGAAACGGGGAUUUUUAUGCAAAUUAUUCAGUAGGUAUCCACCCUGGACAUACAACAGGUAUGUAAAUGAUACCAAAGUCUAUCCCUAUAAUAAGAUGCUUCAAGGAGGAUAUAUAUUGUUUUUACAAAGGGAUUUCUGUCAUUAAAUACACAAACGGUCUUGAGAUUGAGACCCUAAAACAGCAAAGGGAUCAUUUCAUGGCAUUUAUCCUAUAAAAUAUCCCUAAUUUCAUAUUAAAAUGCAGUGCAACGUGCAUGUUUUCAACCAUUUAUCCAUUAGGUCUGCAUCUCACGGUCAUUUCCUUCCUUGAUGAAUCCUUAAAUUUCUCGAACAUUUUGUAAAACUGUGAAAAAAUGUCAAUAUCAGUUUUUUUAAAUCCAAGUUGUGUCUUUAAAAGUGAAUCAAAUAUGAAAAUAGAUGCUGAUUUGUUUCCUGUGAAUCAACUGAUGGAUAUCCUGCAGCUCUACUGUCUCUCUAUCUAUACUGUAUGUAUAAAACGCUCAUGAAUAUUUAACUCUGUGUGGGGGUAAGUAUGCCUUUUUCUGCGGGAAUAAGUGGAACGCAUCAAAACGUAUGAUAUUUAUUUAUGUUCGUUUGUGUUUUUAAGUGCUUCUUUGCACUCUUUGUCUGGGUUUAGUUUUCUAUUUUGUUUUUAAAUUUCACUAUCCAAAUGUAGAGGGAUUCCUGUGGCUUAAUUCAAAUAAAUCAUGCUGGUUGUA